AUGGUCCCCUCGACCUCGACGGCCAAGCCCCCUGUUCCCAGUUUCGACCCCUUCACUCGCUCAGAUUCUAUCGCUAGCUCGGUCCAGAGUGCCGGUCUCAGGCGACGAUCGCGUACAAGAACGCGCUCACUCGCUCCCUCAAAACGCGGCAGAAGCCAGGGCCAAUCGGUGGGGAGCAAGUACGAAUCAGACUCUUGCGAGAGCUUCUUGGACCUCGAUGAUGUACCGCCAGUGCCGACGGUAGUCUGCGACGAGCCCGAGGAGAUGACGGCGGAGGAGAAGCGGCGGGUCAAGCAGGCGAGGCGAAGGUCGAGGACAGUAGGGCCAGAGUCACGUCCCGAACCUGGGGUCCGUCUGGAUAUGCCUCAGAUGUCUCGAGCCCGCAGUGCCGUAGACGUUCGGGAGGUCCCGUUCGAGCAGAUCCGGGGCAGGCAGGCGAAGUCGGAUACUGGGUCUAUCAAAGCUACGAAGGCGAAGCUUCGCGGUCUCAGUCUGCCCCGCCAAAAUCUCCGACAGCACUCUCCUUCGGACGAGUCGUCGCAAGCGAGUCCGCUCACGCCGUUCGGUUUUGGAGAUGGCGCUGCAGUUCACAUCGUGUCCCGCUCUUCUAAUCCUCGCGACUCUAUCCUGACGCAGAACUCGACGACAUCGUCGUCAUUGUAUCCCGCGUCGACGUCCGUUGGUACUCGAACAGAGUCGUCAAUGCCCUACACCUACGACGAGGGAGACCUGUCAUAUCCAGAAAUCGUCACUCAGGACCAUUCAGAAUUUGACCCCGACGAUGUCUCGUAUCGACUUCGUUUGCUCCUGAACAACAGCUACUUCCUCCCACCGGCUCAUACCAAACCUAGUCCAUUCUCGCUGUCACCGCUGUCCGCGGAGGCCGCGAAAAAGGCCAAGCCUGCCAACGCUGGGUUCUUAGACUUUUUCCGGCUAGGGAAGUCGAAGUCGAAGCCGACGUCUCCCGUCCCUGGCAGUCCUCCUGCGGUUGACAGUGCGGGUCCCAUUCUCCGCACGACUUCUGACACACCUACUGCGUCAGGUUUCCUACUCCGUGCACAGCAGCAGCCCUUGGCUCCCCCGCCCGUGGUCCAACCUCCCCCGCCCGCGAGUAGGGUAGUUGUCUUGCGUGAACGCAUGGAUGACCUCGCGACCGCUGCUGAACAGGCUGAGAAGGAGCUUCGUAGCAGGGACACUCGGAAGACCAAGACACAAACGACACCUCGGGACCGAUUUGUGGACGACAUCAUUGAUCCCACAGACGCUGUCGACUUGCCGCCGCAGCUGGUGGAUUCGAUGUUCGCUGUACAGGCAUCUGCAGCUUACGGUUUGGGCCCACAGGCCUCCCUCAAUGCCGCCGUGCUCGCUGAUCGUCUCGUGCCCGGAUCGCCAGGGAUAUGGUCUAUCAGUUCAGAGGAGGAGAGCUGGCGGAAAGACUUGUUGCAUCAGGCCGUCAGCCAUUCGCUCGCGGACACGCCUGACCAUUCUUUCUCUUCGUCAGUCUCGAGCAGAGCGGGUUUGCCACUAGCGUCACCACCGCCUCAAUCAGAGGCAUCCUUCCGGACUCCGGCAAUGCCGGCAGUACAGAAAGCAAAGGUCGGACAACGGAUCGUGGAAAACUUGAGCAUUCAUUCGGAGUCGUUUUCUAACAGUCCGCCCGUGUCGCCUUCAGUCGUGCAACAGCCGCCAUUCCAGGGUAUGCCGCUGUCCUCGGGCGAGAAGUCACCGCUGGCAGCGGAACAUCCGUUGUUAUCGAUCGCAGGUCCCCCGGCUCGCGCAGAGACACCGGCCCACAUGCCUCUGCCUCUCGCACCUGCUCCUCGCAAACAGCUGUUCAACCCUCUAUACUCACUCUCACAACCGGACCUCUCGGAACCAGUCGCCAAGGUUGGUGAUGCUGCUCCUGGCUCGUCUUCGGCAUCGUAUCAUACUGUGCGCAAAGCGACUUCCACUCCUGGAUUAUCUGGCGCAGAGGACCAUGUUGCUGAGCAGCCGACCGUCUCGCUUUCUCCUCCUCCUCUUCCCGUCCGCGGUAUCUCCCCAGAGCUCAGAGAACUAGAAUGCAUGCCUUCAUUCACAACGGCGACGCGGUCGCGCUCUGAGAGCGAGUCACGGUAUUCAAGCGAUGAAAUAUCGUUCAGGACACCCAUGGACACGGAUGUAGAACACAGUGGCGCUCGACCUUCCAUGACACUGUCACUCCCGUCCGGCCGACCUUCAAUAUCUGUGUCUAUCUCUGAGUACUCCAUGCCCUCUCCCACUGCAUCUGCCUUCGGUGAUGCGGUGUUUGGAAGCUGUCGGCCACCCUCGGUCAUGUCUCGGAGAAGCAUCGCAUCACAUGUUGCACCUUCGACGCACUCGCUCCCAGAAUUUCCACCACAUCCUCCCAUCACACCUCGCUCUGUGACCUCACCUCCCCCGCGCAUAUCCUCCUCCGUCUCCCCCACUGAGUUACCCAUACCUCCCCGCCCGCGUGCGGCUCGUCCUACUUAUCGACCAUCUACGUCCACAACCAAUUCACGGACAUCGAAUAGCCGCAGCCGACCACCACCAGAUUCCCCUGCCGUGUCCGAGCUCGGCCCCACCCAAGAGGCAUCCAUCAACUUGACGUAUUCUUCCGCCUCCACUGCAUCCUCUCCGUCCGCCCCGCUCGCAGCGCGUCGUGGGCUUGGCGGCCCACUCACUUUGACCAUUCCGCGCGGAAUGCAACGCCCCAUCAUCCACUCGGCACCAGCGCCGGCGUCGCCUGCGGACUUCUUCGAUCAGAUCCAAACCACCUUCCACAAUGCCAUGGAUGAUCUCGAUACCUCGGACGAGAGCGAGUCGGAAGAUGAGCUAUCAUUGAAUGGCGUAUUCGUCGAGCCUCGUACCCAAGCCAUCUCGAACCGCGCGUCGAGCUCAAGCGCGCGACCUUCCAUCAUGCGCCUCGGGAACCACUCCACGCCCCAGCUCUCUCCUGCUUCCAGUCGCUCCCUGCAAGAACCUCUCCCCCAGUUCACGUACGACCGCAAGAAGCCGAUAUCGAACGUCGUCGAUUUCAAUCGGCGCUCGUCCACGUCGUCUCGCUCGCCUUUCUCCAAGAAGGGCAAGGGCAUUGCGCACGUACCGACGUCGCCUCUCCUCCCCAUCGGGGCUUUGCCCAGCUCCCCGAUUGCCCCCGGUACCUCGGUCGGGCGCGCGAGCGUGAGCUCUACGAGCAGUGCGGCUGCUAUCAGCAUCGCUCGGAGCACGGAGAGCGUGGGCUCAGGACGAAAGCGGCCGGCCACGGCACCGGAUGAUAAGGGCAAGAGCAGGGCUGGGGAGCGCAAACCCCAGCGCGAGUCGAUAUUGCGGUUCGACGGUAUGCUCACACAGCAUCUCGCGGCUGAGCGCGACCGGAUGAAGCGCAUCACGAGCGACUACCUCUCCCCGUCGGCGACGAGUUCGCCUGUACAGACGCGUCCAUCGUUACAGCUACCCUAG